GAAGACUGAACCCUUUUCCAGUUUCCGCGCUCUAUUUGUCACCUCGUGAGCGCCCCGUUGAUGUCGGCUGUCUAGUGUCCAGGGCUGUCCGCUACCGAAGAGUGCGUCGCCAUAUUAUCGUUGUAACAAGGAUUGAAUUCACCAAACAGUAAACUUACAAGUCAUAGCAGUCUAUAAUUUUUUGUUCAUUACAAAUAGCCCAUCACCGGGAAGCCAACAGAAAUGGCUCCUAAGAAGAAACCUCUCAAUGGGUAUGCAUUGUUCAUGAUGGAGACUCGACAGAAAUUAAUGAGUGAAGGAAAUAAACUAAGCAUGGCUGAUAUGUCUGAGUAUUGCCAAAAGGAUUGGGAAAAUAUGUCUCAAGAAAUGAAAGAAAAAUAUAAAAUGAAAGGUAAACAAAUGAAAUAUGAAGGAAAAGUAGCCAAAUAUACUUCGAUUGGUGAAAAUAUAGAAGAUGUUCGUAGAGAAUCAGAUGAAAAGAAAUCACAAACAGAUGCUAUGUACACAUAUAUAGAUGUAUUGCUUGACAUGCAACCAGCCAGCCAUUAUCUUCCCAAGCAAAAAUUCAUUUUAAUUCAUAUAAACUCUUAUUCGUGUGAGAAAGAAGGAUUUUAUUUUCCUGCCGAGAUAUCCAUGGCCGAGUUUUCUUUAGAAAAAGGCUUGAUACGCAUGUUUCAUCAGUUAAUUGGAUUCGAUAAAGUCAGAACAAAUGCUCCAGAAGCUCCUACAGCAGAUAUUAAUAGUCAUGCUGCUAACAAUCAUAAAAUCAACGUAUUUACAGUGUUACCCAAUAAUUAUACAGAAUUAUUACUAAAAAUGAUUGGUUUUAUCAUGAACAAAGAUGUCGAUGAAACUGUUCUAGAUGACUUAACAUUGGACAUGCCUCCAGUCUAUACUGCACAUACACCUAUUGGAAAUGAACUAAUGAUUACUAGUGCAAGUUUAUUUAAGUUAUUUGAAAGUGCAGUAAGGGAUGCUGAAAGAAGUGAUUUCAAUAAUAUUAUUAGAGUUUACCAUUUGGAUAAACUAUUCAUGAAUCUGAAAAAUGCAUGCUUUAAAGUUAAACAUCCAGGUAAAGUUGAGUUGGCUUUACCUUCUGUUGCUAUGGCUACUGAUGCCUUAUCAAAAGAUGUAUUAACUGUAAUGAAAACAGUUGGUUGUGAUUUUCAUGAAAAACUUGAUGACAUUCAUGUUUGUAGUAGCUAUUAUGUAUGCAAGUGGAUACACAUUCUAUCAGCUCAUUGUUGUCGCUAUUUUGACAUACAACUUGUACCUGGUUGUCAUUUUGCUUUUGAUUUAUCUAAAACAGACAGUUCAGUUGAAGAACGUUUUGGUAAAAUGAAUAUUUCUAAAUGUUCUGUUGAUUGUUCCAAUAAUAAUAAUAAUAUAAAUAAACCGAUCACUGUAGCAGACAACCGCGCUUUUCCACCACUUGGAGGUGAAUUUUCAGCUGUUAUUCAAAAACCCAUUAGGAAUGUGCCUGAAUAUGAAUCAAAUAAAAACAGCAAAAUUACAACAGAUGAUAAGGACAACUAUCUUCAACUUGGUGAUUUGAAAAAUAUUCAAAAAGAUGCUCCUGUACCUGUUGUGAACCGCUGGCAAGAAAAUGCAGGUCGUGGCAGAGGUGUUAUAGGUCAAAUCCGAAGUAAUAACCAAAACCAAUUAAAUGAAAGCCCGAAGCAACCAUCCAAGGGAAGAGGAUUUAUUGGUAGAAGUAAAUAGACAGUGUAGACAAAAUAGUUAUGACUACAUUUUUAGUGUCCAACUUUAUUCAAAAAGACAUUUUUUUUUAAUUUUUAAAUAUUAAAUAUCAUUAAUUUCUGUUAUUUUAAACCAGUUAGUGGUUUAAUUCAAUAAUGAUGAAGAAGCUCGUACAAAAAAAUGUAUUGAAAGUCAACAAAAAUAAAAUUUAUUAUUAUUAAUAAACCGUAUUGCAAAUCAAUUGUCUAAUAUCAAGGUAAAUUGUCUAGAAACCUGUGAAAACCUCUAAAAAUAUGAAUUUAAUUUUCAAAUAAAAUGUAUUAUUUCUAAUCUGAGGUGAUGGUUGGAAGUGGUGUGAGUGGUAACUUUGUUAUGAAGAGGCCUGACUUCAUAUGGUAAGUUCCAAAGACUAAAAUUAUCUGUUUUUGUCAAUAAUAAAAUGAAUCCAACCUUCCUUAUGCCGUAAUGUUUGAAUUCAAAUAUUUAAAUCCUUAAUUAUAAAAUGUUCAUUAAAUGGUUACAUGAUAUAUACAUGGUAUAUAUUAUUUGGUUUGUAUGUUUUAGAUUUCAGUUAUAAAGUUUGUUAAUAAUUGUAUCAAUAAAAUACAUAUGUAAUAUAAA